AUGUACGAACAGCCUGCCGGUGUGCGUGCAAACAUGAAGGAUUCCCUCUCCUCACUGAAUGUCCGAGCCAGCAAGGCUCCCGUCGAAAAAGCCCGUGUCUAUCUCUUGCUCUGCUUCUUGCACGCCGUCGUCCAGGAAAGACUCCGCUAUGCACCAAGUCUUGGAUGGAAGGGCUUCUGGGAGUUCAACGACAGCGACUACGAAUGCUCUGCCUACAUCAUCGACCAUUGGGUCGAUUCAGUGUCCCAAGGCCGUUCCAACGUUGCUCCGCAGAAGAUUCCGUGGGAGAUGAUCCGCACUCUUGUUGCAGAGAUGUACGGUGGUAAAAUCGACGACGCAGGCGACUACCAACAGCUCGAGAACUUGGUCAAUAGCUUCCUUACACCCGCCGCCUUCGAAGACGGCUACAAGCUCGUCUCGGGUGUGGAGAAUGACGACCUUUUGACGCUGCCGGAGACAACUAGCAUGCGCGACUUCGUCGCCUGGGUUAACAACCUGCCGGAGCGUGAGCCUCCUACCUACCUGGGUCUCCCUGCCAAUGCCGAGAAGCUCUUGCUGGUCGGCCAUGGCCGUAAGAUGAUUUCUGAUCUCUCGCGGGUCACGACUCUUCUUGAUGAAGGAGAGCAGUUGAUGGUCGAUAACUGA